AAAUCAUACCUGUUCUGUUUUUCCCCCUCAGAUUAAGAGAUCAUCAUGUCCGCAUUCAAAGUGUUAAGGGUUAUCUUGGAUGCUGAAAAUUCUCAAAGACUGCUGUUUGAAGAUGGUUUCCCAAGAUCAGUUGAUGAAGUGGUUCAGGAGAUAAAUGCGGAAUUUAAGAGGAUAACCACCAUGCUGCUCCAGUCCAGAUUUCUCUCCCAGCUGGAUAUUCAGACCGACAAAAUGAUCAAGUUAUUCAGGAAACGAGGAGGAGUGAUUGGAACCAAACUGAAGCACAUCCUGGAAGAGAUUGGGAAGACUGAGGACAUUGAGGUUCUAAGAAAACUCAUCCUAAAGGGACUGUGCAUAUAUCUCCAGGAGGACCCAGCACACCUCUUCAUGGAAUACAAGAAUGAAGACCAUGCUGCAAUCCAGGAGGCAAUUGAGGACACCACGGUGGGAAUUUUCAUCAUAAUGGAAAGUGGCAGUGGUGAGGAAGAGGACAUCAUCGUGGUCCUUGAAGGCCAGGCCGUGGUGGUCGACCUACGAAGUGUUGGAGUGGCGGUUGCCAUGCUGUUUGGCCUUAUUUACAACUUAAACCUGGACUACCCUCCUCAUCUUAGAUACACCUUUGAGGCUGAGACGUCCUCCACCGUCACACCUGCCUCAUGUUUCAUCCCACGCAGAGAAUUCAAUCCGUCAGUUUGA